AUGGAGGCGGCGAAGCUGCUCAAGGACAGGAAAUUCUGGUUCGCGUCCUUCCUGGUCGUCUGGGCCGCCGCCCUGCAAGGCCACAUGAUGUGGAUGCGGAAUCAGGACGCCUUCAAGGAGAAGUUCAGGGAUUUGAGUGACCAGGCGAAGAAAUCUGACGAGUAA